UUUCUAUAUCACCUGUUAUAAAAGCCCCUUGAAAAGUUAAACGAGGAUUACUUUACCAUUCACAACAAUGAUGAUCAGCUACUUAAAGGUCUUUCUGUUAGCAGCCCUUUUGAUCCUCAACAUAGAUUCUGGCUGGUCUCAGUUUAGAAAAUGCGCCGAUGAGCGGGGAUACUGUCAAUCAGUUCGCGCCGUUUGCACGGAGAUAGGACCUCGUGCGGAAUGUAGGUCAAGGGAAAAGUGCUGCAGGGGGAACUGAAGGAACAGUUCGUACUACGUUUUGACCAAGAUGAUGCCUUCUUUCUUUCCUAUUUAAAAUAAAAAGCUUACUUAAA